UCAUGUGACUGACACAGGACAAAAAGAAAACAGGAAGCUCUGGAGUUUUGCUGUGGACUGUAUUCAGUGUAAAUUAGAGAUGGAUUUAUCAAAAUGUACUAUUGCGGUGUUAUGUUCGUUUGUAGCAUGGACUAUUACAUUAAUGAACUGUUUGAUUUCUCCAGCGGAGAUGAGUGGUGAUGUUGCAGUAAAGCUUCCAGGAGCAGUCAUUCCUGUAUCAAAGGCGAACAGUUUGGAGUUUUUCUACUCUCUCAGCCUUUCAUCAUUUCCAGAGGACUUGGAAGUGAACGAGUAUUGUAUUGAACUGCUUCGCAUUUACGGCCAGCGCUACGUGACUUUCGCUAACUGUCUUGUGUUUUAUGCACGACCUGUCAAAGUCUGUCAGAACUGUUACACUGGCUUUAAAGGUCUGAAGGAGAUAUAUCUAAAUAUAUCAUCAGGACAAGGCCCUGGAAAUGUCAGUUGCCAUGACAGCCUGACGCGUUCUGAUAGGUUGAUGCUGCUCUAUACCCUCUACAGCAAUUUAGAAGACAUCUGGACAUCAGCAAAAUGUGAUCAAUGUCUGACUGAACAUGAAGAGGCUCUCACCAAUGACACUCGCUACUUCAUGGCCACUUUGAAUCAGUCACUCAGCUGUUUUGAGCAAUAUAAGGACAACCACUCUGAACUCUGCAAGGACUGCAAACCCCGAUACAAAAGGUUGAAUGAGCUCUAUGGUAAAAUGGAGAAAAACCAAACCCUCUGCAUUGAUAUAGAAGACGCAAUGAACAUAACGCGGAAGUUGUGGAGUAAAAACUUUGGUUGCUCGUUCCCUCGUGAGGAGACGGUGCCUGUCAUCGCAGUGUCUAGCUUCAUGCUCUUCCUCCCCAUCAUCUUCUACUUAAGCAGCUUCCUGCACUCAGAACAAAAGAAACGCAAGCUCAUACACCCCAAAAGAGCCAAGUCCAGCAGCAGCCUAAUGAAUAUCCAAGACAAAUUCAGCUGAGUGAAGAGGGAGAAAGACCUUCACCUCUCCGGCUAAACCUACAGGAUCUAACAGCAUGGAUGGAUGAGGUUUAUGUCUUCUUCUGGACUCCAAACACAUCCUGGAUCAAAUAGUUCAUGAUCACAUUCUGUCAUUUGGUGUUGUUUUGUCUUGCACUAUUUGUGAUUUGCACAGUUGAUUUAAAGUGAUGGUUCAAUCAAAAAUGAAAAAUCUUGUUUCGGACCUGUUUGAGGUUUAUUUUUCUGUUGAACUCAAAUGACAAUAUACAGUAAUGAAGAAUGUUUUUGGAAAGAGGAGUAUUUAACUUUCUAUAGUAUGUUUUCUUUUCAUGCCAAUGUCUGCUUUUUUCACAUUUUUUAGUAUAUCUUCCUUUGUGUUCAACUUAAGAAAGAAAUUCAUAAAGGUUUAGAACCACUUGGGUGUGAGUAAAUGAUGAGGAAAUUUUCAUUUUUGUUUGAACUAAAUUUGCCAAUUAUUAUUAUUAUUAUUAUUAUUUGUGCUUUGGCAAAUUUUUUGGUAACACUUUAUAAUUACUACACACUAUGAAUCAUUUGAUAAGCAUUAGUGUCUAGGGAAUUCAUUAUUUGUUAAGCAUUAACUCUAUAUUAAAAAACGUUAGUAAGCAGUUUAUAACUGCAGCUGCAAAUGCUGUGUUCUUGACUUAAUACACAUUUAUAAUGUGCUCAAUAAUUGUGUUUUCAUAAUUUGUGACUUGUUGAUUUUCCAUAACAAAAUUAAGUAUUGCAUUAUUUAAAAAUAAUUUGUAUUUAAGAGUAGUUUUUUUUUAAGAUCAUUCAGGUUGACUUAGUAAAUGAUUAAUAAACUGUGAAAAUCAACAUUUAUAGAUCUUAUUUUUCAGGCAUAUAAUAAUGGUUAUAUGAACCUUAUCCAGUCUUGUGACCUAAAGUGAGGACUAUUUAUGCUUGAUAAAUCCCUUAUAAAUGACAAUUAAAGGCUCAGGAUCAGAUGAACAAUAAUCUUUACAAUCUUAUCCAAAAAGUUAAAUUACUGUAAAAGUUUAAAUAUUGCCAAAUAACAGGAGUGUCAAAAUAUAACAUCAAAUUAGACAAAACAACAACAAUAUAAUAAUUGACCAUUAUAUUAUGAUACAACAUUUCAAUGUUAUUUAGUGAAGUUUAAACUUUACAGUACUUUUACUUUUUAGAUAAGAUUGCAAAGAUGUAUUGUUCAUUUGAUACUGAGCCUUUAAUUGUCAUUUAUUAGAGAUUUAUAAAGUAUAAGUAGUCGUCACUUUAGAUUAGGUCACAAAACUAGAGGAAGUUGAGUUAAUAAAGCAUUUAUGAACAUACAACGUAACCACUACUAUAUUCCUGAAUAAUAAGAUAUAUACAUGUUAAUUUGAAUAGUUUAAUAAUCAUUUACUAACUCUGAAUGAACUUAACAACCAGCAGCUACUCUUAAAUAACUGACUUGUAAAAAAUGCAAUCUUUAAUUUAGUUAUGAAAAAUGAAUCAUUUAUAAGUAUGAAAAAACAACCAUUGAGCACAUUAUAGAUAUGCUUAUAAAUCAAAAGUAGAGCAUUUGUAUCUGCAGUUAUAAACUGCUUCCUAACAUUUAUUAAUGUAGAGUUAAUGCUUAAUAAAUUAUGAAUUCCCUAUUUCCUAAUGCUAAAUAAAUGAUUUAUAGUGUGUAGUUAUCAUAAAGUGUUACCAUUUUGUUGUUUUUCAGAGAUGGUUUAUGUUCAUUUCAAUAAGUAUAAAGGAUGUUGGUAUUAUGUUAUUGUAUUUAAAGUAUGGAAACUGCAAAAAUGCUCUUCUUUCUUAAGUUUUGUCUCUUUUCUUGUCCAAAUAUAUAUUUUUUAAUCAUCUUGAUUCAAGAAGCAUUUUCUUUUUCAUUAAAAAUAUUGUUUCAUAAUUUUUGUUAAAAUGAUGUUCUUAAAACAAGCAAAAUAUCCUAUCAGUGAGGUAGGUAAAAAAACAAAUCUUGUUUUCGUUUUGAAAUAAGAUUAUUUUACAUGCCCCUAUUGGCAGAUUCAUUUGUUUGUUUUAUGAAACGUCUCACCUAAAAAUUUCUUCUAAAUCAAAAGAUUAUUUUUUUACUUAUCUUGAAAAUGCUGCUUUAUUUUACCAUUUUUAUAUUUGCACCAGAAACGAGACAAAAACUCUAAGAAAAGCAUUUUUGCAGUGAAGGAGAACUGUCUUUUACGUGAGACUGGUUAUGCUGCAUUUUUACUGCACUAAGAGGGCAUGUUACAUUUUAUACUCUCUGUUUCAUAGGUAAUACUAAAUGUGUGUGCGCGCACAAACACACAAGCAUUACAUUGCACAGGUACCACUUCUGGAAGCACUCCAUGUGCAUUAGAGAAACAAAAUCUUGUGACAAAAACUUUUUGAGAUGAGAUGAGGAGGAAAGUAAAGAAUGGAAGAGACUUCAGAAAGCUUUCUAGAUUUAUGUGCUUGUUGGAUUUACAGUGAUGUUUUCACAGUCUAAUUUGUAUGGUUAAUUCAGACAUUUGAUGAACACUGGAGUCUGAAAAGGGUUUGAAAACUGAUAAUGAUGAAUCAGACGAAUCUUUUUAUUAACUCCAUUUUCUCCAUUUCUGAGACUCAAGUGUUAUUUAUUCAAAGGUUCGGUUUAGUUUACUGCGCAAAAAAAAAAACCUUGUGAAACAGUUUCCAAUCCACUGGUUUCCUCAUACCUCUAUUAAAAUAUGCUAAUAGUGCUUAACUCCUAAAGCCUUCCUUGUUACGAUUGACAGGUUUGUUGUUUUCAGGGUUACAUGGACUUUCCUUGGAUUGCAAAGUGCCCGUUUCCCUAGUCAUUAGCAGCUAAUCUAAAUGUAGGAUAAAGUUACUUGGCCGAAUAAUCGUACCAACACAUCCGUUUAAGCUGCAUUGGCUUUUUGGUCUUAUGGAGCCGAGCCAUUACCUAUCACACUGCCCGUUAAGCGCAUUUUGCUUGAUUUGUCCAAUCAUAUGAUCGUACAGAAAGAUAUGGGGAAAAAUAGCCUUUUCAUACCCGGCUCAUGAGUGCAAUGUCUAACAAGAAUGACAGCUUUUAUCCCUGCAAUGCCAUUAUCCGUUAAGCAUUGCUGAAAGUCAUUACUCCUGACCUGACUGCCAAAUGUAGCAACCAGGCGAAUUUUAUGGCCACGUGUCUAAUGAAUUGACGCAAAAGCUGAAAUACCUUUUGAGAUGAAUGACCCAGGCCUUGCUUUACCUGACAAGAACCUUAGAGAGGAUGUAAGAUUGAGAUUAUCCUUCAUCACGUUUUGCCCUGGUAAGAAUCAGAGCAGUGACUUUGGACCUUAAGCAAUCAGGCCAUUAUGAAAUAUCCCUGAACUCAACAGGGGCUUAGAAAUCAGUGUAGCUGAUGAAUUUUGAACUCUUCUUUCAAAGUUGCCAUUUGGACUUUUGAUUUGCCAUUGGAAAUUUGAAAUCAUUUUCUGUGUUGAUGAUUGCUUUGUAUGUGCUCUUGAGAAGAACUUGCGUACUAACGCAAUGCUUGAUUAUAUCUGAACCUUUUAUAAGGCUGUAAUUUUAUUCUGAAGAAUAAAAACUCAUUCCAAAA